AUUAUUCAUUGUUUGUUACGUUUAUCUGUUGGAAGCAUUAUUGGACGAUAGUCCAGUAGUAAAUAUGGCAGCCAUGAGUGUAGAAUGCGGUGACUUUUUACAGUUUCAGGAUGCAUUGCAGAAAAUGCGACAGAUCGAUGACAAAAUUAUUUACAUGUUAAAUACAACAAUACCAACAGAAUCUUUUAAAGCUCAAAUUGACCCAACAGCAACAUGUAAAGAUUUAUAUGAUCAAAUUCAUACGGGGCACAUGAAAAGAGAACAGGCUAUCACAAAAUGUUUAAAUGCUACAAAAGAGAAAGUAAAAAAAUUAAAAGACCAACGGGACAGUGGUGACAAUACUCCUGAGCUUCUUAAAACAUUAAGGAAAGAACAAAGUACUAUGCGCUUGUUGCAGUCGGAACUGAAUGUGGAAGAAGUUGUGAAAAAGCGAACAGUUCAAAUAUACUAUGAAAGAUGUCGCAAUUUUUAUAAACCAGUUAGUACGAACUUAUAAUAUUAUAAUACUGGUGAUUCCAUAUUAAACUGUUGAGACUGGUUGAUUAUUUACAUAGCUAUACCAUAUUUACAUAGUUAUUGAACCAACUGCAUUUACGGUUGUGGUUUCUUAUAACCAGACAAAAAUUGGAAUGAAAUGUAAUUAGAAAUGUUGUUUAUAAAUACAGAUGGCUCAUACAUUUGUAACGAUA